UCGACGGUAACGAAAAAGAAGCUCACGUCAAGCCAAUGCGAUUCAUGCCUGCUGGUCGCUAUCUAUGUAACUAAAGGCAAACUGAUGGCGGACUCGAAGAGUAACUGCAACGGUUUCGAAGUUGGAAUGGGUCGAGCAGGUAAAAGUAAAAACUUCGGUCGUCAGGCUAUCAGGAAGCGGAGGGACAAUGGGCAUCCGCAUGGCCAUAACCACAGCUCAAGUCUUGACAACGGUGAUGUUGUGCCGUUGACUACGGAGGGCUCGACGCCCACCGAAAGUAUCUCUUCGGUGAGCUUGGAGGAGGAAACGCUAGCACAAAUGCCGGUUCCGCAACCCACGGUGGCGCUUUCGCCGCCACUCGCAAAAGAAACGGAACCGGAAACAAUCGUAAAAGAGGCUCCCCCGCAACGAGGACCGCGGAACAUGGGACGGCUCGAAAAAGAUCUCGGGAGGCAAAUCCUGACUUUGAACAGAUCUACCCCUCAGCUUCCAAAGUGCUUCGAUGAAGCGGAACAGAUCGCAACACAGUCUUUUGACAGAAUACUUGACGCUGUCAAGGUGAAAAGGGAGAACAUUUUGACAGAAAUCCGGACGCUGAGGAGAUCGGCAGAAAAUCUGCUUCACAACCGGAAGGUGGAGGCAGAUGACCUAAAACGCCGUAUUUCGGAGAACGAUGUUCUCGACGACAGCGAAAUGGAUUUGUUGAGGAACGAUCUCAAACAGUUCGUAGCGGAGAAAGAGUGCGAUAUCUCUCUCGGAGAAACACAGAGGCUGCUGUUGGAUACGGCCACCGUGGACGAAGUGAUUAAGAGCAUUGAAACGUUGGCAUCGUUGGUUCCUUUGAACGAUCCUUAUUUAUCUCGAACCAGUACCGUUAAAAACAUUCCGCCGCUACCACAAGAAGUUCCGCUAGAAGAAAUUGCUCGAGUAGAGGUUCCAUCCGAGAGUGUCGGAGAAGUCCAUCCGCCGAUGCACGCAGUGGAGAUUCCUCCCGCGCAGAACAUCGUUCUAACGCCUCUCCCACCGCCGAUACAACACAAUCCGCAGGCUCAGCAGAUUCAUCAGCAGAACAUCAUGCUGGUCGAACCUCAUGCGCCGUUGACAAUGCUCAAUAGAUUUCCGGCACAAAACGCUGUUUUCAUCGCUCAUCCAAUUACCGUGCCGAUGUCGCAUGUUCAUCCACGAGGGAUGAUAAGUCCUCAGCAAUAUGAACACAUGCAGCACCAACAACAGCAUCAGCAACAUCAGCUUGCGCAACAGCAUUCGCAACAAGCGCCUCCGCCGCCGCAGCAGCAUACACAACAACUACCGCCGCCGCCGCAGCAACAACAACAGCAGCAUCAGUCCCACCCGAUGCAACAACAGCAGCAGCAGCCCCAGCCACAGCAACAACAAAUGCCGUUGCCGCCCCCACAGCAACAGUUGCCGCUGCAAAUCCCGCCGCAGCGAUUGCCUCUGCCGCCACCGCCGCAGCAGCAGCCGCCGCCGCCCCAAGCACAACAACAAGCGGCUCCCCCACCAUCGCACCCACAUUCGGGUUCUAGAGCUUCGCAGGCCCCCCCUCAGAUCAAGGUCGCGUCAACGCCCCCUCUGACCGCAGAAUCUCCUGUAGCCAGCGCUACCAACGACGACUACCAGAUGGAGCACUCGACUAACGUAUCUCGAGGCCACAUGAGCAACAACCAUCCUAUACGGUUUCCACCCGGUGGACACGGAGGGAACGGUGGUGUGAAUUACAACGGAGGAGGGGGAGGCGGAGGCAACGGAGGCGCACCCCACCAUGGCGGAGGAGGGGGCGGAUUCAUGCGUCGGAACUAUCAGGGAGGAAAUCAGCGGGGUGGUCGAGGUGCACCGUUCCGUUCCGGUUGGUGUAACAGCGGUCAAAGAUUUCCGCCGCAGGGGCAACCGCAACAGCAAGCUCCGCAACAAGUUCAGCAGGAUUCGCAGCAGCCCCAGCAACAGGCCCCACAACAGCAACAACAGUCGCAACAAUCUCAAAGCUAUAAUGGUUACUCGCAAGGCAACAACAAUAAUGGUAGCGGACGUAACAAUAACAACAACAACGGCUAUUACUCCGGCGGGCAGCAGAAUAAUGGAUUCCAACAGGAUGGCUACGGAAACAGAACGUACGGAGGUGGCCGUGGUGGAUUCAGAAGGAGUUCGUCUACUCGCGGCCGGAAUCAUCCGAUCGCAAGCCACGACUGA